AUGCCUUUUUUUCAACCAAAGGCCCAGCCCGGACGAAAACGGAAAACCGGGGCCUACCCCACAUUGUCCCUGCCAAGCCUGGAAGCACUCCUCCGGCAACAGGCGAACGACGGGAGCCCUCUCCAAGCACCACAAGAGGCCUCACCCCACACGCCAGCGAUGGGUCGCCGCUCGCAAAAGACGGCGGCUGUGGAGCACAGAGACAUCGGAACGAUGUUCCAGAGGCCCAUGCAACCCCAACCCACACCCGCAGAGCCCGCACGGCAGGUCACUGGUACAAGGCCUGAAGCCCAUUCAAACCCAAUUGAGCAAGCAAGGGCAGAGAGGCCGGCGGACACUUACCUGCAGCCAUCAGAUGCUCCCACUGACACCACACCAACGACCAGACAAGACCUGAAAGUACUAUUGAUGGACUUUCAUAAAAUACUUGCAGCUGAAUUAGCUCCUAUUAAAACUAACAUGAAGGCCAUCACAGACCGAGUACAGGCCUCGGAGAGGGACAUAGCAGACGUCCAGACAGAGGUACAAGACCUCCAGACCUCGGUCCAACAACUAUGGGCUCACCAAAGAGCUGUCACCUCACACAUCACAGCAAUGGAGGAUCGCCACCGCCGUACUAAUGUGAAGAUAAGGGGCGUCCCAACCGCAGUGGCGGCGGACGAGCUCCCCCAUUAUGCCAGACGGUUGCUAACCACCCUCCUGUCCCCCACGGUAGCCAAAAAAAUUAAUUUGGAAGAAAUCUUCCGCCUACCAGGACCCAAGGGGAUGACGACAACGGCACCAAGAGAUGUGAUAUUAAGGUGCUCCUCAACACACGAUAAAAUACUCAUAAUGUCAGCACUUAAGGGCAAAACUCCCUUGCAAUUCGAGGAAGCGUCUCUGACGUUUUACCAAGAUCUCAGUAAAACCACCCUCCUGUGGCGAAAAAUGUUCCAACCGGUAACCAGCCAGCUUCAAUCAGCUAAAAUAAGCUAUAGAUGGGGAGCAAACGGAUCCCUGAUGGUAUCCAGGAACGAUGGCGUACACACACUCACCUCUAUGGAAGACACUGCACCAUUCCUGACGGCCCUGGGACUGGCACAGCUGCCGGACACUGCACGACAGAGUGCCUCCACCUCAACGUCAAGCUGGGACCCGACGCAUGCAACAACCUUCAUCCCAAGAAGGGGGAAAGAGAGGACGGCAGAUCCAGGAACAAGCACCAGCGAGGACCCAACCUAAGACAACAGACCGACUAAAGUCCAGCCAGCCACACCAGUCGGUCUAUACGCUCACCACGGGACUAUCUGCUCAGGACAUUAUAUAUACCCCAAUGUUCUCCCAGUUUCUCCCCCCCUCCCCCAUACCCUAUACCAGGGACCAAGCAACUGUUUAGGGACCACAUCCACAGUCACACAGGUAAUCACACCUAAGGUUGGGGACACAACCAAUGCUCUACCCCCCAUAACGGGGAGCAACAGCAUCCCUCCACACUCACACACGAGGCAACCGCCAAACAACUCACGCAUCCACCACCCCCCCCCCGCAGCUCCCAUGGUCAGGAGCCACUACAAACGUAACAAGGCAUAUCUCACACACCCAACACCUCCCCGGGACCCAAACAACACAGCCUGUAUGCCUUGUACUGAAGAGGCUACAUACCACGCUACACUACCAGCCCACAGGCUGAAUGAACAAGCCAUAGGACCCUCAACGAGCAACCACAGCACACCGACUCUCACCCAUAGAUCAGCUAGCACAUACCACACUCAACCACCUCAGAAUAGAGGGAUGACACGAUAG